UCACUUUUGGUCUCUCUCUCUCAUUUGAACUUCCUCUUUUGAUUUUUCUUAUUGGGUAUCUGCCAAUUUUAUGACUCAUAAAUUUUUUAAUCAUCCCUACAGUACCUGAUGAUCAGAAACUUUUUCAACACAGAGCGAACAGUUUAGAUAUCAAAUCUCUGAAAGCUCAGAAACAUCAUCUGUCAGGUCAGUUUUUUCUUUCAAAUCAUAAAGAAAUGGAUGAAUCUGAAAAAAUUCACAAUUUAGAAGACACGCACAAAGUGGAAUUGGAAUCUGAAGGGCGAAUUAUAGUGGUUGAGGGUGAUGUUGCUGAUGAAAACUCCGAGACGGUGAAAGAAACCCAUGAUGACAAUUAUGAUGAGUCUACUGAGCCUGUUGUUGUGGAUGCAGAGGAACCCAAGGAGGAGGAGAAAAGGGUUUUGCAUUCAACUGAGCCUCCUGUUGAGUCAUUGUCUGAAAAGUGUUCGACGAAAGUUCCAACAGAAGAUGUUGUUGAAUCAGAAUCUAAAGAAAUUGAGGUCAAUGAGGCUGCUUCACCUGUUGCGAGUAAUGGGGUUUUGGCACCUCUUGACAUGGAUGUGGUGUCAAAGGGAAUUGAGCCGCCUUUGGAUGAGAGUGAGACUAAUGGGGUUCCUUCUGAUAUUGUAAAGAAUUUGGUGCCAAAAGGAGUUGAGUCGUCUACAGAUGAGAACAACGAGUGUGAGGCCUCUAAUGGUGUAUCGGAUUCGAUACCAGAGGAGGUGUUUGAGGAAACAGAAUUGCCGGAUUCAGAUGGGAAUGCAAGCUCAAGGGAGUUACCAGUUGCUGUUGAAAAUGCUGCUAACAUAUUGCAGCCAGCUGAUGACAUUCCUGGUGUCCAUGCUGAUAAUGGCGGUGAGAAUUGCAAUGCAUCUGAAGGUCAUGACAAAAACACAAACAAACAGAAAACAGAGUAUUAUGAAGAAGAACAAUUGGAUCUGAAGGGUGUUGGAGUUAGUCAGACGAGAAAUUUACUAAUUUUAAGAUGCAAAAUAUGGUAAAACUUGUGUUCCACCGGUUUUAAUAUGUUCUCCAUACGUAUUUAAUAUUGUUGAAGAGGUUUGUCCUAAUGAGUUGUGUUGAAAUUGUGCUUAAGGCAGUACGUCUUUGGGAAGAGCCUUCUCUGUCUACUGGUCUUAUUACAAUAUAUUUUAUGUGGUUUUUGAGUGUGAUUAUUCUGAAUUUGUUAGAACAAUUGCAAUUGGGAGUAGUAUUUUAGGGGAAGAGAUUUCUGCUGUACUUAUUACUAUAUUUUAUGUGCUUUUCAAGAGUGAUUAUUCUGAAUUUGUUAGAACGAUUGUAAUUGAGAGUUUGUUGGCCUAAGUACUAUAGUUUCUUGUCAUUGUUACAAUAUUAGCAUCCUUGUGUUGUGUUGUA